UUUUCAGGCUCAAGCCCUGAGUGCGGCGUGCCGGACAUGACAGUCAUCAGCAAUAUCGACGAAAUUGGUAUCAAUCGAAAUCUUCAAGUUCGGUAUAGUAGGGACCAGAUAUACACUUACACGGGAUCCAUACUGGUGGCCGUGAAUCCUUACAAAGAGGUGGACUUCUAUACGAAUGAGUAUGUGAAUCGAUACCAUGGCCAGAAGAUGGGCGCCUUGGAGCCACACGUGUUCGCCCUGGCGGAGGCGGCAUACAAAUCCUUACAGGACACCGUGAGCAACCAAUCCUGUGUGAUAUCGGGAGAGAGUGGCGCUGGCAAGACCGAGACCACCAAGUUCAUCCUACAGUACCUAUGCUCGGUUACUAGCAACGUCGAUACGUGGGUGGAACAGCAAAUUCUAGAGGCCAAUACCAUUCUCGAGGCAUUUGGCAACGCGAAAACUGUACGGAAUGACAACAGUUCGCGCUUUGGCAAGUUUAUGCAAGUGUGUUUCGACAACAAGUGGAUGAUCAAGGGAUGUAUCAUCCAAGACUACCUGCUGGAGCAGAGUCGUAUCACCUUUCAGAGCCCCGGGGAACGCAAUUACCACGUGUUCUAUCAGCUGGUCGAGGCCGGCACGAGGGAUAAGGAAUUUGCGGAGCAAUAUAAGUUAAGGCCAGCCAGCCACUACAAAUAUCUCAAUCAGUCCGGCUGCGUGAAGAUCGACGGAAUUUCCGACUCUAAGAAGCUCGAUUCUCUCAGGCUCGCCUUUAAUGUGCUUCAGAUCGCGCCGGAAAUGUGCGAAGGCAUCUUCCGAGUUCUAUCGGCCAUCCUGUGGCUCGGAAACUUGAGCUUCGAGGACGUCGAUGGCGAAAGAUGCGAGUUAUUGAAGGAGGACGGGAAUAUAGUCGACACGGUUGCGCCGCUGUUGGGUCUUCAGGUGGAGGAUCUCACCAAGGUGGUGCUGAUACGACAGAUAAACGUUCGUGGUAAUAUCACGGAGAUUCCACUGAAGGUGCAAGAGGCCAGGGAGAAUAGGCACGCGAUGGCAAAAGCACUCUACUCUCGUACUUUCGCUUGGCUUAUCAACCACAUCAACAACUGCACGAACCCAGGUCAGGAUAUCUCGCGGUUCCUUGGGGUUCUCGAUAUCUUCGGAUUCGAGAAUUUUACGCUGAAUAGCUUUGAGCAACUCUGCAUCAACUACACGAACGAGAAGCUGCACAAGUUUUUCAAUCACUACGUCUUUGCAUUGGAGCAGGAACUCUAUCAUCAAGAAGAGAUUCAGUACUCCCACAUCACUUUCACUGAUAACACUAUGUGCCUGGAGCUAAUUGAGAAGCCUCCGCGAUGUGUUCUUAAGUUACUUACCGAGCAGUGCCAUAUGCCGAAAGGCUCGGAUCUAGCUUAUCUGACAAACCUGCACGCUGAAUUUGAGAGCCAUCCGUGUUACGUAAAGGGAGACGAUCGACGGAAAUGGGAGAAGGAAUUUGGGGUCAAGCAUUACGCCGGUUGCGUGACAUAUACUGUCGAAGGUUUCGUCGACAAGAAUCGGGAUGUACAGCAGGACGUAUUCUUCGACUUCAUGUCCAGGAGUACAAAUGAGUUUGUACAAGAGAUCAGUGUUUAUCAGGAUCUAUUGGGAUGUACCGUCGCGCGUGCAACCGGCGGCACAACUACUACGAUGUCGCGAGGAACGUCCAAGGGCAAGCCGACCCUCUGCGACUCAUUCCGGCAUCAGUUGCAAGCUCUAGUAGAUGUUUUACAGGGGACGACGCCGUGGUACGCGCGCUGUAUCAAACCGAACAUGGAAAAAAUGGCCAAUCACUACGAUGAGAAGCUCGUUAUGGACCAACUCAAAUAUCUUGGUAUGCUCGAUAUCAUACGCAUACGCAAGGAGGGCUUCCCAAUACACAUGUCGUUCCAUGAUUUCGUUGCGAGAUAUCGUUGUCUGGAUAAAAGCCGAUCCUCACUUUCCUCUAACGAGAAGGAGGCGGUUAGAUGUCUGAUUAGUAAACAAGGUAUACCGCAAACUGAAUGGCAAAUUGGCCGGACAAAGGUGUUUUUGCGAAGCUACGUGCACGAGCCUCUGGAGGAUUCCAGAAACCAGGUAAUAAUGAAGAAUGCCAUUGUGAUACAGAAGAUUUGGCGAGGAUACAUUAAACGACGAGAGUAUAGACGUAUAAGGGAGGCGACACUGAAGGUGCAGCAUGCAUAUCGUGGUUGGAAGUUACGAAUAAUGUUCAUCAGGAAACGCAGGGCAGCUAUAGUAAUUCAGAGUCAUUUGCGAGGUGUCUUUGCGAGGGAAGUAGCCGCAGCUCUACGAGAAAUGCGACGAGUCGAUGAGGAGAUGAGAAAAAGGGAACGGUUGGAAGAGGAACGAAGAAUGAUGGAGGAUAAGAAGGCGUUGGAAGAGAGCCAAAGCGCGCAGUAUGAUGGUAUUGCCGAGAUGGAAUCUGGAAAAGUGCAAGAAGAAAUCGACGCGUUGUCACAGAUGGCCGAGCAAAUGAACUCGAAGAUAGCUGUCACGGAUUUGCAAUCGGUGGAUCUUGACAAUCUGUUUUCCUUCCUAUCUGACGUACAAUCAACUAAAAGUAAUCAGAUUAUCGAGGAAAUCGGGGAACAGAUGGACGAAUUGGUGGAGGACCUUGACGUAGAAUUAGAAAAUGUUAUUCAACAAGAGAUGGAAUUGAAUGCCAAGGCCGAGUCGAAGGUCGCUUCUCCCAUGAAUGGGCAGGAAGUACAGUCUCCGCAACAGCAACAGCGAAUGCCGUGCUCGAAUAACUUGAGUAGUAGCAAACUUGGUCAACCAAGUCUUCCGGAACCCACGGAACCACCACCGCCGCCACCACCUCCGGCGCCACCUUUAAUUGUGAAUGGCGAGUCAUCAGAUGACAACGGCGAGCCAAUUUACGAGUCAGUGUUGCCGCGAGAAGCGAAUGAUUCUGACAUUCCAAUUCAUAAUGGCGGCAGUCCGAGCCAGAUGAUGAACGGUGAGACUUGCGGAUCGCCACCACCGCCUCCACCCAGUGGUAAGAUAACCAAAGAAAUCGCUGCUAGUCCGCCAUCUAGGCCAGAGUCCAGGAGUUCCGGUCAUCAUCAUCCGGCUCACCAUCAUCAUCAUCAUCAGACGAUACCCCAGGCGCAACAGAACGGCCAUGAUCAGCUGCAGCCACAAUCGCAGACAGUACAGCAACUGCCGGUGGAACGUGAGCAGCGGCGCAAGACUCGUGUGGAGCGGAAACUGCAAGAGCUUGAAGACAAGAAGGAGCAGGAGAACGAGGUGACCUACCACGACAUUGUAGAGUUUGCGCAGAAUUAUUUUAACAGUCAUGAACGUUCGCCGGAGGGUACCAUAAUGGCUACGUUAACGAGGAAAUCGCGCGGGAAAAGUAUCGAGUUCAUUCCGAAGUACGAGAUGGUCACAUACUACAAAGGAUCGAGUAUUCCGAACUCGCAUAUUCAUAUGUAUGAUCCCGACAAUGUGAAUGUUGCUUGUUCCGUGUUCAGGGAUUUGUGUAAGUAUAUUCGCGGUGAAAUGAAGUUGGAUCAAGAAAUAGUCACGAUUCAGAGUAUCAUCGCUUAUGGGAUCGAGCGGGAAGAGUUAAGAGAUGAAAUCUUUGUGCAAUGUAUGCGUCAAGCGACGAAUAAUCCCAACGCUGAGUGGUCAGAACGCGUGUGGCUGCUAUUGUGCUUGGCGAUCGUCGCCUUCCAACCGAGCAAGCUACUUUACAAGUAUUUUGUCUCCUUCCUGAAAAAGAAUCUUGCUCUCGAAGGCAAGCUGAGACAGUAUGUGCAGUGGUGCGUAGAUAAUUGCAAGAACACCAAGGUAUCUUGCAGGCAACAUCCACCAUCUACGGUGGAAAUCGCUGCUAUGAGACGAUUGGGCACCAUAGUAUGCAGGUUCUUUUUCUUGGACGGAAGAACGAAGGCGAUCGACGUGCAUCCGAUUGAUACAGCUGCUGAUGCUGUCGCCAAAUUAGGAGAAAAGUUGGGUCUUCGAUCGCUAGAAGGUUGGGCCAUUUAUCAAAGCAGACCAGAUGGAGAGGAGCACGUGCGAGCUCACGAUUAUUUGUACGACGUGAUUGCUGCAUGGGAAAUGAAACAAUGCAAAUUGAAUACGGCACAGUCGACGUUUUCGACACUACGACGCGGUAACAAUACUACUUUAGGCAGCGGCGAUAAUCGUUUCGUCUUCAAACGAAGGUUAUUCCGUAAUCCAAGGGAGAUCUCGCAGGAUCCCGUAGAAGUUAAUAUGCUAUACGCGCAAGCGGUCUACAAUGUCGUAAAGUGCGAUGAUUUUCCGGUGUCCGAGAAAGUGGCAUUGCAAUUGGCAGGAUUGCAAGCACAAGUGUCCCUCGGCGAUCCCAAGGAUAAUGAUAGACUAGAUUAUUACAGCGAAGUGGAUAGCUUCCUACCCUACAGAAUCAGUCGGGCUCGUGGCGACGAUGUUUGGGUGCCGAUUAUAGCGCAAGCACACCGACAAUAUGGUGCCGGACGCAAAGAGCUCGCUGCCAAAGUUCUGUAUCUAUCCUGCGUGAUGCAGUAUCCACUUUAUGGCACAACGAUGUUCAAUGUAACUUACCGCGGAUACUGGUCUUAUGGCAACCAGUUGAUUCUCGGCAUCAACUGUGACGGUCUGAUGUUAAUCAAGCCGGAUGAUAAAUUCGUUCUGUCCGAGUAUCGUUAUCAGGAUGUCGAAAGCAUUAUGUUAGAUCCGAGCGAUUCAUUCAUCACACUCUCGUUGUUGCGACAUAAUCCCGAUAGUUCGCACAAGUGUUUCGUUUUCGAGACGCCACAAAAAAACGAGAUUGGUAGUCUGAUUGUCAGUUACUGUUCGGCACUGGCGGGUUGGAUCACAGAGAAUGAGGUACCCACGAAGAAACUCAAGUGUAUUACUAACGAAGAUCGCAUCCGACUUUAUCACAAUCUAAUCAAUUGUCGGCGAACUCUAGUCGAUUCGGAGAUUCUUAGAAAACCGCAGGAUUCCGGUGGUGGUUUUCUUCGGAAUACACUUAGAAGAUUAUCGAAGCAUCGAAUAGAAAAGCUCAGGCAGGAACAUGGAAGUGCCGAUCACGGCGAGACUUACAAAGGUUUCCCGUAUGCUUACUGGGCUUUCAGCAGGCAACAGAUACCGCAAAGUCUAUCGAAACUGCCUGAUCCCGAUGAACAAGUGUCUCUAAAUAUCUUCCAGUUAAUUUUGACGUAUGCGGGACUUGGGCAAAACGGAGACACAGUACGUAGAGUCGAGGAUGAGCACGUGAAUCUUAUACAAACCGUAAUGGAACGUUGUAUACGAAAAGAAAAUCUACUGGGUGAAUUAUACCUCCAAUUGAUCAAGCAAACCACUGAUCAUCCAGAUCCCAAUAAUCGUGUCAAUCUGCGACACUGGGCAUUGCUCUCGCUCGCGUGUUCUGUAAUCCUACCGCCUCAAAAGACGAUACGCAAAUACUUGAUAGCACACUUAAAACGAUGCGCUAGCGAUUAUGUCACCGAGGAGGGUAAGUAUGCGAGGUUUGCAGAAAAGUGCCUUUACAAGACUCAGGGCACUCGCAGGCGGCAGUGGCCACCGAGUCGCGAGGAGAUUAUGUGCACUAUCAAUCGCCGGCCGAUCUAUGCCAGAUUCCAUUUCAUGGACGGUCAAUAUCAUGCCGUCGAAUUUCAUCCAUCCGCAACCGCUAGGGACGUCAUGGAGAUCAUAAAGACAAAGAUAGGACUUGAGGAGACUGCUAUGGGUUAUGCAAUUUAUGAGGUGUUGGGACCGACUGAACGAUCGCUGAUUCCCGAGGAGAAGAUAGCUGAUGUUAUGUCUAAGUGGGAACGAUACAGGACGUCGCAGCAGAGUCAACAUCAACGCAAGCAUGCGCAUCACCUUUUCCUGUUCAAGAAACAUUUGUUCUUAGAUCAAUACAUGAAUUUAGACGAUCCUGUCGAAAAGGAAUUAUUGUAUCAUCAAGUGUUACACGAUUUACGAGCCGAUCGGUUUCCUAUCACCGAAAAAGAAGCUAUGAUGCUGUCGGCUUUACAAGCGCAGUUGGAAUUGGGCGAUUGUCAAGAGAUCAUAUCGGAACCGGAUUAUCGAACAAUAUCGAGUCACUGCCUAUCAUCGAGACUGGUGCCGUGCCUGUGUGUGGAUGGUGUGCGCCAACAUCAUCAAUCUCUACGUGGAAUGACACCGCCGGAGGCGAAAAAAGCUUUCUUAAAUCUGAUCCAGUCGUGGCCGUUGCAUCGCGCAACAAUCUUCGAUGUGAUGCAAUCGUUUACUUCGAAUUGGCCUCGCGUCCUCUGGCUGGCCGUUGACCAGCAGGGUCUUCAUCUCUUAGAACACCGUUCCAGAAACGCGUUGUGUACUUAUGAAUAUAGCAGUAUUUUAAGCUAUACGCCUGCCGUUAAUUGCUUGAUGAUUAUUACUGGUACGGAUAAGAAGCAGAGCAAGGUUAUCCUCACUACGUCGCAGGCUCAUCAAAUAGCGAAUCUAAUCCGUGAGUAUAUGGAAGUGCUUCAGUCACCGCCGGAAAUUCCGAGGCGGGACUCGACAAUGGCUCAACAGUUGGCUGCCCAACAGCAACAGCAGCAACAACAACAACAACAGCAUCAGCAACCGCCUACGAGCUUAUCGACGUCUGCGGCCGGCGGUCGAAAAUCUCGGCCCGCUUCGAUGUUACAUAGAGGUGCUCCGGUAAUACAAUCGCAAGCUAGUUAGAAUGGCUAGGUAACCUUCUCGUUAAAUUUAAAAAGUUUCCUUUCAAUCUGCUACUUAUCGAGUUUUUAUUGUUAAUCACCGCACGUUCCAUUACCAAGUGCCAUAAAUUCAA